GAAAAAGCAACGACUGGCAGAUACGACGAAACGUGCGAUAUGAACGGAGGAUCAUUCUUCGCCGGUGUAGCGCGGCGCAGCGCUGCCAAGUAAGCGAGGCGUAUACCGUGGGAAGAGGCAGCGCGCCGCCGGUGCCGAGGAGUAACUUCAGGCAUGAUGGGAGUGCGCUUGAAGAGGGUGCGCAGGCUUUCGACCAUCGAGGAGAGCUGCUCGACAGAGGUAACGUCCAAGAUGCCGGCAGCUCCGGGGCCCGAAGACCGGUACCACUUCGUGAGCUUCACCAUGUUCCUGUUUGGUAUCGGAUCUCUACUGCCCUGGAAUUUCUUCAUCACGGCGGAUGACUACUGGAAGUACAAGUUCCGAGAUGUGAACUCCAACGCGUCUUUCACCCAGAAGAGCGAGCUACAGGCCUCGUUCACUAGUUACCUGGCCAUCGCUAGCAAGGUGCCCUACAUUAUCUCCCUGGUGGCAAACGCCUACCUGAGCCAAUGGGUCAGGCCCGCCGUGAGGAUCGGCUGGCCCCUGCUGGGCUGCACCCUUCUGUUCGUCGCCACGGCGGCGCUCGUCAAGGUGAACACCGACCAGCAUCAGCUAGCAUUCCUGGCCGCCACCUUGUCCAUCGUGGUACUCAUUAACAUAUUCUCCGGCUUUCUGCAAGGCGGCGGAACGGGGCUAGCAGGAUGCUUUCCGGAAAAAUUCAUGGCGUCCAACGUUUACGGUCAAGCUGUGGGAGGAAUCUUCGCUACGGUGGCUCAGAUCCUCUGCCUCCUCAUGGACGCAUCUCCGACAACGAGCGCCCUGCUCUACUUUAUCUUGGCCGUUGUCACACUCAUUUUUACGCAAAUCUGCUUCGGAGUCCUGGUGAAGACGGAGUUCUACCAUCACUACGUCUCUACUCAAGCAGUGUCCUACAAGGCCUUGGACAAUCAUCCGGCGGUGUCCCAGAAGGGCAAAGCUUCAAUGUGGGAAAUAUUUAAAGGGGGCUGGAUGUACUUCCUGUCCAUCGUGCUCAUCUUCUGGGUCACGCUGUCCGUCUUCCCGGCCAUCAUGGUCCUGGUGGUGUCCACAGACGCAGGCAACGGAUCUGCCAUCUCAAACAAAUUUUUCCUGCCUGUGGCAGGCUUCCUGGUCUUCAAUGUAGGAGACCUCGUGGGUAGAAUAAUCUCUGGUUUUUUCCCAAUGCCUCCUGGAUGGAGGAAAGUGCUGUUCGGCUUGUGCAUCGCCCGGGUGCUCUUCGUGCCUCUGCUCCUGUUCUGCAACGCCCACCCACGGAACCACCUGCCCGUCCUGCUCGACAGCGACAUCGCGUUCGUCGUGAUCAUGGUCCUGUUCUCCCUCUCCAACGGAUACCUGACCACGCCCGCCCUCACCUACGGAUCCAAAUCCGCAUCGACCGAAAACCAGGAGACGGCGGGCUCCAUGGCUGCCCUCUUCCUGGGCCUUGGCCUCAUGCUGGGCUCAGUCUCUUCUUACGGGACCAUCAAGCUCCUCUAGACACUGCAUCGCAUAACGGAAUAAAGUUUCCGUCCGGAAACACUGACGACCGGCCGAGUGAGGCCGGGA